CUGGCAGUACUCGAGGCCAACGAGAUCCCAGAAGACUUGGGAGUGGCGCAUCGAGCUGCUUCAAGGGGCCUGUCCCUUUAAGAAGGUCCAGGUGGGCAAGGCCGCACGCGACGUCGUUCUUAGGGGCGGGACCUGAAGCGCGCUUGCGCACUGGGCCGCCGAACCGCCAUGUCGGACCCGCGCGGCUUCCCUGCAUUACGGGUGAACGCUGCCUUCGCCGCGCGCUACCGUCGCUACCGCGAGCGCGAGGAGCUGCAGCGGUUGAGGGACCGCUAUGGGGACCCGGACAGCGGCGGCGACUCCAGCUCCGAGUCUGACUCCAGCGACGAACGCGUGGAAUUUGACCCCAAGCAGGAGAGAGACUUUUAUAGGACACUGUCCUUAUUGAAGAAGAAGGACCCCCGCAUUUACCAGAAAGAUGUUACCUUCUAUCAGAGAACAGUGUCAUCCUCAUCCUCGGAGAGUGAAGAGGAGCCCCCAGCCUCAGGAAAGCAGAAGAAAGUGCGGCCCAUGUACUUGAAGGACUAUGAGAGGAAGGUCAUUUUGGAGAAAGAAGGCAAGUACAUUGAUGAGGACAACUCGGAUGGGGACACCAUCAGUGACAGACUCAAGGAAACCUCCUCGAAGAGUUAUGUGGAAGAACAGAAACACCUGAAAGAAAGCUUCCGAGCAUUCAUGGAGGACAGCAGCGAUGAGGAUGGUGUUGGGGAAGGGGGCUCUGGGUUGUUGCAGAAACACACUAAGAGCCAGGAGGAAAAGGCCCAGGAGGACACUGACUACCUGGAGUGGCUGAAGGGACAGAAGGAGAUUCAAGACCCUGAGUCCUUAAAGGAACUGGCACACCUCAAGGAAUAUUGGAACAAUCCAGAACUGGACGAGGGAGAGCAAUUCCUAAGGGAUUAUAUCCUGAACAAAGGCUAUGAGGAAGAAGAGGAAGAGGAGAAAGAGGAAGGGGUGCCUGGCCCCCCAGUCCAGCUGGCUGUGGAUGACUCCUCAGAUGAAGGGGAGCUGUUCCUGAAGAAGCAGGAAGACUUUGAACACAAGUAUAACUUCCGCUUUGAGGAGCCUGACUCGGCCUCAGUGAAGACCUACCCACGUAGCAUUGCAUCAUCUGUGCGCCGCAAGGAUGAACGCAGGAAGGAGAAGAGGGAAGAAACUAGGGAGCGAAAGAGGAGGGAGAAGGCCAGGAAGAGAGAGGAGCUGAAGCAGCUGAAGAACCUCAAGAGGAAGGAGAUUCUGGCCAAGCUGGAGAAGCUGCGGCAGGUCACUGGCAAUGAGACCCUGGGCCUGGAGGAACAGGACCUGGAGGAGGACUUUGACCCUGCCAAGCACGAUCAGCUCAUGCAGAAAUGCUUUGGAGAUGCCUUCUAUAGCACCGCUGAGGGAGAAAAGCCACAGUUUGAGGAAGAGGAAGGGUUGGAAGAUGACUGGAACUGGGACACGUGGGAUGGGACAGUACAAGAUGGAGCCUGGAGCCAGCAGGAACCCCACUGUGAGGACCCUGACUUUAAUAUGGACGCGGACUACGACCCCAGAGAGCCACGGAAGAAACGGCUUGAGGCCACUUCCUCAGGCAAGAAGAAGCGCAAGUCUCCCUUUGCAGCUGCUGUGGGGCAGGAGAAGCCCAUGUUUGACCCUGGGAACAAGACCUUCCAGGAGUAUGUGGAUGAGUACUACCAGCUUGACUACGAGGACAUAAUUGACGACCUACCCUGUCGCUUCAAGUACCGCAGUGUGGUGCCCUGCGACUUCGGGCUCACCACCGAGGAGAUCCUGGCGGCAGAUGACAAGGAGCUGAACCGCUGGUGUUCCCUAAAGAAGACCUGCAUGUACAGGUCAGAGCAGGAGGAGCUGCAGGAGAGGUGGGCAUACAGCCAGAAGGCCCAAAAUACCUGGAAGAAGAGGCAGGUCUUCAAGUCACUCUGCCAGGAGAUGGAGAUACCCUCAGAAGCAGCCGGAAGACCACAGUUGCCCUUGCCUGAGAGAGCUUUUGGGAAGCAGGCCUGGAGUGAGACCCCCCCAGCACAGGAAGAAGGGAAGUCCCGUGUGUCACCUCCUGAAAAGCCAGUCCACCAGAGACGGAAGAAGGGCAAGAAGUCUAGGCUACUGGGCCCCACAGUGACACUUGGUGGCCAUGAGUUCAGCCGCCAGAGAUUGCAGGCCUUUGGUCUGAACCCUAGACGGCUGCACUUCCGCCAGAUGGGUCGCCAGAAGAGGAAACAAUUGGGAUCCAAGAGCUGCCCCUGAGGGCCAUGGGAGCCUCCACAGUAAGCUGGGGACAGUGUACCUUCCGCUGAUCCACAUCAUCUAUCUUCAGGCAAGGAUACUAGCUCUCUCCUCUUUAGAUGUAGAAACAGGCUAACUGAACCAUCUUCCCCAUGACAUCCUUGAAGUGUCACGCUCCACCCCAGCCAUGGUCAAGUUCAACAUCUUUAUUAGCUCCAGCAGCCAUAGUUAGUUCUCCUGGCCCAGAGGCUCCAGGACAGUGAGGCAUUCAGGCACUCCAGUGCAAGCUACAGUACUUGGGUCAGGCCCUGAGUGAGUGCCCUGGGCCCCGCCCUCCAUUGCUGUUCCCAGAGGGACCAAGGGGGAGUGGCAGCCAAUGGGUACAGCCCCAAGCUGGGGAUCUAGCUGCGCUUGGGGCUCACUGGGAGGAUGGAGUGUGAGGAUAUGGAUUCCCACCACCAGCACUGGAGUUAUAGAUAUAUAAAUAAAAAAAUAAAUAAUCUGGCA